AAUGCAUUGAUGCUGCUGGAAUUUAGUUACGUCGCGGCCUCUAAGGGAUUACCUGUGUGCUAAGUCUGUCUUUCAGUUAAAUACGAAUACUUUUACUUACUCUCAGUUAUUGACGUCAUUGUUGAUAGUGGUGACACUACUAAGAUUUAGCAUUGUACAAAUAUCUGCGAAAACUCUCACCGCAUACUUAUAGCAUUUCCAGCUGGAAAGCUUGAAAUUUUAUUCAAUCACUAAAAUGUUCCACAAAUCGGUAGCUGCUUCAUUGCAAUAUAAUCGCUGAUGGGAAAAUUGUCACACCGCGCUGUCUAUUGUCAUUGGUGAACUAUUAAAAAUUGUAUUGACAUUAAUUACAACUACAAAAAGUGUGCGGAAAAAUAGUUCCGGUGCGGCGACGAGUGUUUUAACUUCCAAUGGAUAAAUCAAAUUUCCGGCUCUUGGCCGGGUUAGUAAUAUCGCUCAGCUUGUCGCAGCAUACAUGCCGCUGUCAAUCGAAUACACUCUUCAAUCAAUCACCAUUCCAGCGACAACAGAAUACGCAAUUACGUCAACAGUUACAGCAACAGCAGCAGCAGCAACAGCAACCACGCCAACAGCAGCAAGGUUUUCCGAAUACCUUAAAUACGCUGCAGCCGCUUGGAACAGCGCUGGGUGGCAUAUCGCCCAUCUCACCACUCACUGGCAUAGGAGCGCAGAACCCGUUUCGCAUCUACAACCGCCUUGACCAACAGAACUAUGUGCCCAUUACCGCCUAUCAGAACGAUCUCAAUUAUGACGGCAGCUUUUCAUAUGGUUACGCCUCAGCAGAUGGCACUACCGCGCAGGCGCAGGGGUAUGUGAAAAAUCUUGGCUUAGGCGAAGAUGUCGAAGCGCAGGUGGUGCAAGGUUCAUACUCGUAUACCUCACCGGAGGGCACGCCCAUCACUGUACGCUAUAUAGCGGAUGAGAAUGGCUUUCGCGCUGAGGGUGCGCACAUUCCCACACCACCACCCAUACCCGACGCAAUUGCCAAGUCGCUGCAGUACAUAUCGAGCGUACAACCUUACCAGCAAGGAAUAAAUCCCAAUUUGAAUCCAUAUCAAACACCUUUUCGCCAAUUUUCUGGCGGCGGCCAGCCUCUACGUCCAGGCCAACAGCAACAGCUAACACCUUUUCAAUUGCAACAACAACAGCAACGCACAUAUCAACAGCAACUUGCUGGACAAUUGCAGCCACCAUUUGCGCAAUUCCCUGGCGUCCAACAACAACAACAACAAUCGAAUGCGUUCUUUGGCGGUGGUUUGGCUGGUCAGGCCCAAUUGCCAGGUCAGCUGGGUGAUUUGAGUGGGCAAAACUUUACGCAACAACCACAGAAUUUGCAGCAAGACCAACAACAGCAACAGAAGCUUCAACAACAACAGCAACACAACCAGCAGCAGCAACAGCAACAACAACAGCAAUUAGCCACACAAGAAUUGCGCGCACGCCCCAAUCAAUUGGUGAACCCUUUUGGCUACAAUCAGUAUCGCCGUUACAAAAAGGCGGUGGCGUCGAAAAAUUAAAUACACAACAACAAUUGGAACAAAACAGCGAGGAACGAGUUACCAAAAAAAUCGUAUUACAUUCGCUGUAUGCAGGUUUAUGCUUCAAUUUUUUACUGUGUUGUUUCGUAAUUUAUUUUGUCGAACGUGCUGGGUUUGCGUAAGGAUAAUAAGUAUGAAUUUAUUUUGGUUUUAAUUAAUUUUUUAGUAUAGUUUUUAAAGUAUACAUGUAAGUAUGUCGAUAUGAAAUGAAUUAGUCAUUUUUUUUAGUGAUUCAAAUACAUGAAACACAUGUGCGUGGAAAAUCA